AUGAGAAGAGAUGAGCUGAAGAAAUUCGCUUCAACAACUUUCAACGAAUUUGUUUGGGUUAUACACCGAUCAAGAUACCUCUCCACACACUUUCAAUACGAAAGAAUGGUUCUUGAACAGAUGCAAAAUGGCUUCCUAAUUGUGCCGUUUUUACUACCUCAAGUAAAGAGUUUAAACCAGAAACCGACGAAAGUAUAUCAUUAUAUGUUUGUGAGAAAGCAUCAAUCAAAACUGGAAAAUGAACAACACUGCUUAUUCCUAGUUAAUCUACCUCUUUUAACACAACUCGAAAACUUGAAGAAAAAUUUCCAAGAGAUCUGUCAUCAGAAUGAAACCGUUUCGCAUGUGCAAGAUCUACUCUAUCAUGAUGAGUUCGGAUUACAUGAUGUUGACUUAUCAUCAUUGACUUCUCAUUUAAUGAGUGUUGAUGAACCUAGUGAGAAAAGAUUUACGCCAAGAAAUACUGCAUUACUACAGUUUGUGGAUAAGCAGUCCGUAGAAAACUGUUGGGAAGCACUAAGGAAAUACUCUUCUAGCAAGAAGCAACAACAGAUACUGUGGGAAUUUCAAUCCCCAUCAAUCGAGACAUUCACAGCAUUCUACCGUCCAUUACCGUUAAAAUAUUUGAAAACGGAUAUACAUGAACAUAUGGCUCUUUUCGAACAAAGAGAACAGCAAGCUCAAGAAGAAGUACAAUCAUCUAUUGUUGAUGAAGAUGGUUUCACAUUAGUAGUAGGAAAGAAUACAAAAUCAUUAAACAGCAUAAGGAAAAAGAUAUUCAACAGAAAUCCAUUAUUAAAGCAUGAGAAACCUAAGAAGAUGCCUAAUAUGGUUGACAAGAAGGCAAAGAAGGACUUCUAUAGAUUCCAAGUCCGUGAAAGAAAGAAGCAGGAAAUUAAUGAGUUGCUAGCCAAAUUCAAGCAAGAUCAAGAAAAGAUAAAGGAGAUGAAGUCCAAAAGAAGGUUCAACCCGUACACAUAA